AUGGGAUAUGUUGCUGUGGCAACUGAUAAGGGGAAGGCUGUGUUAGGGAGAAGGGAUAUUGCUAUUGCAUGGAGAGGGACAAUUAGAACAUUAGAAUGGGUUAAUGAUUUACAAUUUUUACUAGUGCCAGCACCUAAAGUUUUUGGUGGAGGUAGUUCAAUAUUGCCUUCAUUCAAACCUUUGGUGCAUCAAGGAUGGAACAGUAUAUAUACAUCUGAUGAUCCAAAAUCACCAUUUAAUAAAGCCAGUGCUAGAGACCAGGUCCUUGAAGAAGUGAAAAGAUUGGUUGAGAAAUACAAGAAUGAAGAGGUCAGUAUAAUUGUAACCGGACAUAGCCUAGGUGCAGCAGUAGCAACCUUAAAUGCAGUUGACAUAGUUUACAAUGGAUUCAACAAAACAAGCAACGGAAAGGAAUUUCCAGUGACAGCUUUUGUAUUUGCAAGUCCAAACGUUGGAGAUCUCAAUUUCAGGACGUUGGCGAAGUACUAG